AUGGCGGCGGAGGUGGCGCUGUUGAGCGUGAACGCGAUACUGUUGGGAUUGGUGCAUUUAGCGAUCGUGCUGAACAAGCACGUGCUGCCGUCGUGGUUUCAUCGGGCGAAGGUGGCGCUGCGCGAGAGCGCGGGCGGCGUCGACCAUCGCGGGCGCGCGAACGCGCACUUCGUCGAGCAUCGGCAAGAGACGUUGUCCGAGCUCGAGCGGGCGAAGGACUACCGAGAGUGGAUCGCGGUGGCGAAUAAGCUCGACGCGUUUCCCGCGGACGUCGGUGAGGGUGGGUCGCGUUGGAAGGCGGAUGAAAAAUCGGACGUGUACGACAGGCAGCUCGUCAAGGUAUAUUUGAACACGAUGAGGACCGCGCGCGAGCGCGACGAUCUCACGGCGCUCGGGUUGUGCUUGCGAACGGUGUUACACCGAAACUUUGCCGGGAUCGAUAGGUUGCUCCACCUGAGAUUUUCUCGAGUCGGAACGAAGAAACUCGUGCAAGAUUUCAACGACGAAAUCGUCGCCGUCAUCAAGCACAUAGCCGAAACCGCAGAUGACGAGCAGGCGAUGGAGAUGCUUCAAGUGUUAAAAGAGUCGUACCGUUCGCUCGGACGCACGGCGCUGUGCUUAUCUGGCGGCGGCGCACUGGCGAUGUAUCAUUUCGGAGUCUUGCGAACGUUGUUGCAAGAGGGACUGUGCCCGCAAGUCAUCUCGGGUACGAGUGGUGGCUCGAUCGUCGCCGCGUUUUUGAGCUGUCAUUCGCCCGAAGAUAUCUUGCAAGCGAUUCGCCCGGACGUGUCCACUCGUUACGGGCGCCGAUGGUUCCCACGUCCGCUGAAAAUGGCGCUACACUUUUUGAAGCACGGCGUUUUGAUGGACGCCGAGGGGUUUUCGAAGACCACAAAGGCAUACUUUGGCGACACGACGUUUGAGGAAGCGCUAGCGAUAUCCGGAAGAGCAGUCUCUAUUCAAGUGUCCAUUGGCUCACAAACCGGUUACGUUCUCAAUCACCUGACUUCUCCCAACGUGCUCAUUCGCACCGCGGUGUGCGCGUCGUGCGCGCUACCUGGUUUGAUGCGCCCUGUGGAGAUUCUCGCCAAAGACAAGCACGGAAAUUUAGUGCCAUUUCAUCCACCCGAUGUGAAGUCGUACGAUGGCACCAUCACCCAAGACAUCCCGUCAGCACGCAUGACGGAGCUUUUCAACUGCAACAACUUCAUCGUUUCGCAGGUGAACCCGCACCUAAACUUCGUGCUACACCUCGCCGAGGAAUCACACGGGCGACGGCAGAAGACCGCGCGUAGUUAUCAGCGUCGUAAUGCGGUUCAGAAGCUGUUGCGUGUCGCCAACUUCUUGCUGCUGAACAUCAAGUACUCUAUUCAAAAACUUCUCGAAGUUGAUUUGCUCGACAUUCGGUUCGUUCGCACGCUGCAAGGAGUGUUGAUGCAAGACUUCAGAGGCCACAUCACCAUUCUGCCAUCGCUUCGUUGGACGGAUUACUCCAGAAUCUCCAGCAACCCAACUGAGAAGGAUAUGGAUCGUUACAUCUCGCGAGGCGAGCAAUCCACUUGGCCGCAUGUCGAGUCGAUUCGCUACACGAUGAAAAUUGAAACCACGCUCGUCGACAGCAUCCGCGCUUUGUCCAAGCGCGUCGACGCUACGGGCGAAAAGAUCAAACGAACGAACUCACAUGGGUUCUUAGAACAUUAA